AUGAAGUCAUUCUUCCUCGGAUUGCUCUCCGUGGGCAGCGUCGCUGCUCAUGGCUACGUAUCCACAGCGGACAUCGACGGCAAGGAAUAUCAACUUUAUCAGCCAUAUCAAGAUCCGUACAUGAACCCUGCACCGCAACGGAUAUCACGACCAGUUCAAGGGAAUGGCCCAGUUCAAGAUAUAACCCUCAGCGAUAUUCAGUGCGGAGGUUGGGCAGAGGGCGGAAAAGACACCGCUGGCUCAAAGCCUGCUCCAUUGCAUGCAGACGCUACUGCCGGGUCCUCUGUGACGCUCCAUUGGACAAAAUGGCCCGAGAGUCACGUUGGACCGGUGAUUACGUACUUGGCUCGCUGCCCAGACAGUGGCUGCAACGACUGGAUGCCUGGGAAUGAUGCGGUUUGGUUCAAGGUCGCUGAAGCAGGACGGGAGGGAACUUCAAACAAUUGGGCCGAUGCGCCUCUUAGAGCGGACAACAGCCCCGGCGCGACGUUCAAGAUCCCGCAGUGCAUCAAACCCGGCUAUUACAUCAUUCGCCACGAACUCAUCGCGCUGCACGCAGCGUGGGAAUAUCCCGGCGCGCAAUUUUACCCGAACUGCAUCCAAAUCAAGGUCAAAGGUUCCGGGAACACUACUCCAAGUGACUUGGUCAGCUUCCCUGGCGCAUAUAAACCCACCGAUCCGGGAAUUACUUACGAUGCAUACAAAGCUACGCCAUACACGAUACCCGGCCCCAAGCUCUUUACAUGCUAA